GCUGCGCAAUGAUCGAGGGUGAGCUUUUAGGUACGAUCUGGAACAAUGGGUGUGUAGCGACCGAGGAGAAACGAACAGUUAAAGAAAAGCAAAUCCUAGACUUCUUGUUUGAUUUUCUUUUUUAAGAAUAACAAUGUCUAGGCGCGUCAGACCCGGCUAUUAUCGCCAAGAAGUCAACAAAACCUCAUGGGAAGUACCGGAGCGAUACCGAGAUCUGAAGCAGGUGGGAACCGGAGCGUACGGGACGGUCUGCUCAGCAGUGGACUCCAGAACAGGAACCAAAGUAGCCAUCAAGAAGCUGUACCGGCCUUUCCAGUCCGAGCUCUUUGCCAAGCGUUCCUACAGGGAGCUGAGGCUACUUAAACACAUAAAACAUGAAAAUGUGAUCGGCCUAUUAGAUGUGUUUACAGCUGACCUCUCUCUGGACAGAUUCCAUGAUUUUUAUCUGGUGAUGCCGUUCAUGGGGACAGAUCUGGGGAAGCUGAUGAAGCUACAGAGGCUGUCAGAAGAAAAAAUUCAGUAUUUGGUUUAUCAGAUGCUCAAAGGGCUUAAGUAUAUCCAUUCUGCUGGUAUAAUUCAUAGGGACCUCAAACCAGGAAAUCUUGCCAUCAACCAAGACUGUGAGCUCAAGAUCUUGGACUUCGGUUUGGCCCGGCAGGCAGACAGUGAGAUGACCGGGUAUGUGGUGACUCGCUGGUACAGAGCCCCAGAGGUCAUCCUGAGCUGGAUGCACUACACUCAAACUGUGGAUAUUUGGUCUGUGGGCUGCAUUAUGGCAGAGAUGCUGCAAGGAAAACCUCUCUUCAAAGGCAGCGACCACCUUGAUCAGCUGACCGAGAUCAUGAAGAUUACAGGAACACCAACUCAGGAAUUUGUAUCAAAACUAGAAUCUGAGGAUGCCAAAGGCUACAUAAAAAGUCUUCCAAAAGUGGAAAAGAAAGACCUACAGAAUAUUUUUUCCACAACUAACCAACAAGCUGUGUCUGUCCUGGAGCGCAUGUUAUUGCUGGAUCCAGAUAACAGGGUUACCGCUUCAGAAGCUCUCUCGCUGCCUUACUUCACAGAGUUCAGAGAACCUGAUGAGGAAACAGAAGCACAGCUGUACGACCACUCGCUAGACAACACAGACCUCCCCCUGGACCAGUGGAAACGUCACACCUUCACAGAGAUCUUAACCUUCAGGCCUGUAUUGCCAGAAUCCAAGGAAACCUCUCUGUAAGACACAAAGAGUUGGCUGUGCAAACUGGGACCAGAACAAACUAACAUUUUAUCUUUCUGCCUGUGGGACCUGUUCACAAUUCUUUUAGAAGUGCGAGCUGACAUCUUUUUGACUUCCCACUUGACUCUUUCAAUGUCAUGUCGGUCCAGUAGUUUGCUUCCACAGUCUAGUUAGUAUUAGACAUUUUCAUCUUUUCUCUCUGUGCGGCGGAUGGUAUACUGUUAGGUAAUAAUAUUCUUUGAUAAGUAACUAAGUAUUAGUAUAGUAAGUCAUUACAUUAUUACUUAAGUUACUUAUCCAAGUUCAAUUUACAAUGCAAUUUUGUUAAGAGUGUUACAUGCAGUAUGAGUUCUUUACCAAAAACAUCACUCCCAACCAGCCUGUAUGAAGUACAAAUCAAGAAAUGACAGUGUGACUGUGCAUAUUUUACUUAAACAGAAAAAGAGAAAAUAGAAGCUUUUAGUCACACUGAUCCUGACAUUCUCAACAAGUUCAAAUCUAAUUAAUAGUUAUAUUGUUGAGUAUUACUGUGAUCGAGGAUUACUACAUUAUUAAUGUAUCAUUUUGUUAAGCAAAUUCCUUGUUAGUGACUGCAUGUCUUCGAGAGACAUUUGACUGGAGUUAUUGGGAAGUCCUUGUGCGUGUGUGUGUGUGUGUGUGUGUGUGUGUGUCCUACUUUCAGGGACAGUGGCUUGGGGUCUAUGGUUAAGGUUAGGGUUAGGGUUUGGGCUUGACACGUAGUAGUUAUGGUUAGGGUAAGCCUCCAGGAAAUGAAUGUAGUUUCCCUUAAAGUAACCUAAGCAUGUGUGUGUUUGUGUGCGUGUGUGUGUUUCUACAUGCAUGCUGUGACCUCGUUCCUCCCAGUGGCCUUAAUGAUAACGACAAAGACCAAUACUGCUGCAGGUUAUGCACAAACAUUCGUAUUUUGAUCUCACACCAAAAACAGAUGUUAAUAACAUCUGAUGUUGGGACGUUUUUUUUAAAACAUCAAAAUGCAAAAACACAUUUUCUGUCUUAAUUUUUUGAAUUCAU